AUGGGCACUUUGGUGGGUCACGUAGCACCAGGGCUAGCAUUCUGCCUCCUCGGUUUGUGGCAUCUUUUCAACCACACCAAGCUCCAUUCCCAAAACCCAAAUUCCUACUUCGCCCACCCAUGGUUUCCAACCUCAAAGCUCAAGUACGUGGAGCUCUACCUCGUCGUGGCCGCGAGCUCCACCUCCGUGGCCAUGGAGCUCUUCAUCGGGCCCGAGAGGCACCAGCCUUUGGACCCGGACGGCACCAUCCCUUCCAACCACCUCCACAACUUCGAGCACGCUUCCAUCUCCGCGGCCUUCUUCAGCUACGCGGCCCUUUCCAUCGUCCUCGACUGGGCCGGGCCCAAGGCCCAGCACGGCCUGACCCAGUUGCUUGGCGCGGUGGCGUUCGGGCAGCAGCUCCUCAUGUUCCGCCUCCAUUCCUCCGACCACGUGGGCGUGGAAGGGCAGUACCAUCUGCUUCUCCAGUCCGCCAUCGCCGUCUCCUUGGUGACGACACUCAUGGGGAUCGGCCUACCUAGGAGCUUCAUGGUCAGCUUUGUCAGGUCCACCAGCGUUUUCUUCCAGGGUGUUUGGAUGGUGGUGAUGGGGUAUGCAUUGUGGACGCCUUCCUUCGUGGCGAAGGGUUGCUUCAUCAACGAGGAGGAAGGGCACAAGGUGGUGAGGUGCGGCGGAGAAGACGCUCUCCACAGGGCGAAAUCUCUUGUGAAUAUUCAGUUCAGCUGGCUCCUGAUUGUUGUGGCGGCUUUCGUUGUGGGGUUCUACUUGGUGUUGCACAGACUUUACGCCCAAGCAAUUGAGUACACUUCAUUGACGAUGAAAGGGGAUGAGUUGGUGGAAGAUAGUGAAGAUGUUGAAUCGCAGGAGAAUGACGUCACGAUGAAGAGCUUCAUUCAAAUGGGGAAGAUCAGUAGUUGGGGGAAGAUAAUUCGUGACAAUGUUGAAAGGUGAUUAUUAAUUAAGAAAGGCAAUUAAUAAAUUAGUUAAUUAUGAAAUUGGAUUAAGAAAAAGUUAAAGAAAAGAGGGUAUUUUUAGUUAGGUAGUGGUGGUGUGUGUACAUCUUUGAUUGGUUGGUGGGAGUGGAGAGGGUGGUCAGCU